GGACGCUCAAAGUACUGAACCGGCUCGGCAAGACCGGGAUCCGGAAGUCGAAGACUAGCGGCGCGAGCGCAGUCCCUGGGCCAACAGUGUUGUGCUGUCUUCUUUUCUGAGCUCCGCCGGAAGUGGAGGAAACAAAAGCCUGCAGAUUUGAAUCUACCUGCUUUCAAGUUAGUCAUCAUGAUGAAACUUAGACACAGGUAUCUCUAGCCCAGGAUAUGGAGAGCUGUACCAUGAAGCAUCUCCCCUACCUUCUGCUGCUGAAUAUCAGUGAGAGUUGAUAGAUGGCGAUAUUGGUGCUCAGAUUUAAGAAAAUUCUUCAAGGUCAUAUAGAAAAUAAAAAGCCAGGUAAAGGUUCCAAAGGCUGCAAGAAGCCUGCAAAGCAGAAUGGGAAGAAAGCAGCCACCAAAGUGGCCUCCUUUCCCCAGUUUGUCCACUCCAAUGAUCAUGCCAGUCGGGAGGCUGAGUUAAAGAAGAAGAGGGUUGGGGAGAUGAGGGAGAAGCAGCAGGCUGCCCGGGAGCAAGAGAGACACCGACGCAGGACCAUUGAAAGCUACUGCCAGGAUGUCCUGCGACGCCAAGAGGAGUUUGAGCGCAAGGAGGAAGUUUUGCAAGAAUUAAAUAUGUUUCCUCAACUGGAUGAUGAGGCUACAAGAAAGGCUUAUUACAAGGAGUUCCAUAAGGUGGUGGAAUACUCUGAUGUGAUUCUGGAAGUCCUGGAUUCCAGGGACCCAUUGGGUUGCCGCUGCUUCCAAAUGGAAGAAACUGUCCUACAGGCAGAAGGGAACAAGAAGCUGGUCCUGGUCUUGAACAAGAUUGACCUGGUCCCUAAGGAGGUUGUGGAGAAGUGGCUGGAAUACCUUCGGAAUGAGCUGCCAACUGUGGCUUUCAAGGCCAGUACCCAGCAUCAGGUCAAAAACCUGAAUCGCUGCAGUGUGCCAGUGGAUCAAGCCUCUGAGUCACUGCUGAAAAGCAAAGCCUGCUUUGGAGCUGAAAACCUCAUGAGGGUUCUGGGGAACUAUUGCCCGCCUUGGUGAAGUGCGCACCCAUAUCCGUUGUGGGCGUUGUGGG